CUCUGCGCUCCGCUCCAUUAAAUAUCAGCCACAUCGCCCACCAUAAAAAAAAUAUCAACAAAAUCUAUCUUAAGAGCACAAACUAUUAAAAAAAAAAAAUCGUACAAAACCCUGACCGCCAUAAGGCUCUCUUCCUCCCUCCCGACGUCCCUUGCUCCGGUAGGAGCCGUACCAAACCCUAUCCGAAACCACCAGAGUCUGGAGAAGACGGAGAGAGCGAGAAGAAGACAAGAAUAAGGCCUCUUCUUCUUCUUCCGUUCUUUAAGAAAAGGAUGGUCGAAUGGCCCAAUUCCGGCUACCGGGCGCCGACCGAACCUACCCCGACCCCCACGGCGGCGGCGGCGGCGCCGCCGGUCGCUCCCGCCGCAUCCGCCGCUCCGGCAAGGCACCCCUUCGCGUAAUGGCCGGCGCCAUCGCCGUGAUCCUCGCCCUUGUCCUCCUCGUCGCCUUCUCCAGCCACCUCCUCCUCUCACGCCACGGAGAGAUUCGAAGCAGAUUGCACGAUGAGAACGUCGGGAGGAAGCAGGGGUCGAGUGUCGGACUCAAGGGAGCGAUUCCUAGGGUUCUGAGAUUCGGCAAGGGUUCCGGCAAGGUUGGCUGGGAUUCGAGGCAGUGGGACAAGGAUGACAGGAGGCGGGACCGCGAUUACGCCGAGGAGGACCAGAAGUUUCCCGGCGAUGGUGGCCGGAAAUCGGAGAAUGAGACGGUCGGGAGCCGGCCGAGCCAUUCGGCGGAUCAUGGAUUGUACAAUGAGGGCGGGCGGGCCGAGCUGGAUUCUUACCGGGACGAAUAUGAGGUCUCUUUGAAGAAAGGAGGGAAACUUUGGGAGGAUGAUGUAGUUGGGAAGGGUAAUGCGCAUGAUGAUUAUGGCUAUGGCUAUGGUUUUGGUGGUGAGGGUAAGAGUGGUGGAGAUGCAGUAACUGAUGAAUUGAAGAAGGAUUCUUCUGUGAUUUCUGGAAAAGGUGGUGGUGGUGGUGGAGAUAGCAAGACGGAGAAGAAGCUGGCGUCGAGAAGAAAACCAAGGCAUCACAAGUUUUCAGGUUCAUCUUGCAAGAUAAAAUUCUUCAACUCUACAGCUCAACUUGUAGAACCUUUAGAGAGUAAGAAAUUUUCAAGAUUUUCCUUGCAGUAUAAAGAAGUAGAAGACAGGCCUAAUGAUUUAGAAAAUUGGGAGCCGAGAUUUGCGGGGCAUCAGAGUCCCCAAGAAAGGGAGGAGUCAUAUUAUGCACGUGACCAAAAAAUUAACUGCGGCUUUGUAAGAGGUCCUAAAGGAUCACCAAGUACUGGAUUUGAUAUGGCAGAAGAUGAUGUCAGAUACAUGAGCAGAUGCCACAUAGCUGUGUCGUCUUGCAUCUUUGGAAAGUCAGAUAGUUUGAGAACCCCCUAUAACAAAGUGGUUACACGUUUGUCAAGGAAAAAUGUCUGCUUUAUUAUGUUUAUGGAUGAAAUCACAUUGCAGACAUUACUGUCAGAAGGUCAAAAAAUGGACGGUUCGGGGUUUAUUGGCUUAUGGAAGAUUGUAGUGGUUAAAAAUCUACCUUCCACUGACAUGCGGAGAGUUGGAAAGAUACCUAAGUUUUUGACACAUCGACUUUUUCCUUCUGCCAGGUACUCAAUCUGGCUGGAUAGUAAGUUGCGACUCCAGAGUGAUCCUCUCCUCAUUUUAGAAUAUUUCCUUUGGCGUAAAGGAUAUGAGUAUGCUAUUUCUAAUCACUAUGAUCGUCACUGUGUUUGGGAGGAGGUGAUGCAAAAUAAGAAGCUGAACAAGUUCAACCAUACGCUAAUCGAUCAACAGUUUGAGUUCUACCAGGCUGAUGGGUUGAAGAGAUUUGAUCCCUCGGAUCCUAAUAAACUACUUCCUAGUUAUGUCCCUGAAGGAUCUUUCAUUGUGAGAGCGCAUACGCCCAUGUCAAACCUAUUUUCCUGUCUGUGGUUUAACGAGGUCGACCAUUUCACUUCUCGAGGCCAGCUGAGCUUUGCAUACACCUAUUUGAAGCUGAGAAGGAUGAAUCCUACAAAACCUUUUUAUCUCAAUAUGUUCAAGGACUGUGCAAGGCGGUCUGUUGUAAAACUUUUCCGGCACAGAGCAGAAGAUAAGGGCAAUAUUCCAAAACAAUUGAUGAGAUGACAUUUUUGAGCCUGUGGGAAGAAAAGAUUGAAGGAGUCGCUUGUAUGAUAGGCUUAGUCACAGUCAUUGAUGCUGAUCAGGUUCCAAAGUCCGUUCCAUGCCUAGGGCUGCAAGUUCGAAUGGCACCAACAUUUUUUGUGUCUUACAUUGUUUCAAUUUUAAUUUUUUUGUUCCCACCUCAUUACAUGUUAUUGGAAAGUUACUUUUCAUUCUUUUCAGGGUGUCGGUCUCUCUCUCUCUCUCUUUUUCUCUGGUAUUUCUUGGGGCACUUUUGAGCUCCUUACGUUUGCUUUCUAAGGUUGUUUUCGGUAUCUUGUAGGUCUAGUAACCCUGUAAUUUUUUUUUCUUGGUUCCAUUCUUUCAUAUUGCCUUGUCCUUUCUCUCAUCAUGUGCAAGGGUGGGGGAUGGUGUCAGUAUCAAAAUGAAAGUGCCUGUUAUCGGGCUUAAGUU